AUGAAUCAGUCCAACGCCUCCCCGCUCCUCGAGAUCGAAGACCUGAGCGUCCGGUUCUUGACCCGUGACGGGGUGGUGCGCGCGGUGGAGCGGCUGUCCCUGCACGUCUAUCCGGGCGAGACCCUGUCCAUCGUCGGGGAGUCGGGGUGCGGCAAGAGCGUGACCGCGAUGUCCAUUCUGCGGCUGCUGCCGAUGCCGCCCGCGAAAAUCGAAUCGGGUUCGAUCCGGUUCGACGGCGAGAACCUGCUCGAGGCGAGCGAGGAGCGGAUGCGCGAAAUCCGGGGCGACCGGAUCUCGAUGGUCUUCCAGGAGCCGAUGACAUCGCUCAACCCGGUGAUGACCGUCGGCCGCCAGAUUUCCGAGUCGCUCGAGCUGCAUCGGAAUCUCUCGCAGCGGGCGGCGAAGUCGGAGGCCGUUGCGAUGCUCGACCUCGUGCAGAUCUCGGAACCGCGCCGCCGGGCGGACGAGUAUCCCCACCAGAUGUCGGGGGGGAUGCGCCAGCGGGUGAUGAUCGCGAUGGCUCUUGCCUGCGAUCCGUCGAUCCUCAUCGCCGACGAGCCGACCACCGCCCUCGACGUGACCAUCCAGGCCCAGAUCCUCGAUCUGAUGCUUCAGCUCAAGGAGAAGAUCGGCGCGGCCAUCGUCUUCAUCACCCACGACCUCGGGGUGGUGGCGGAGACCGCCCAGCGGGUGGUCGUCAUGUACGCGGGGCGCAAGGUGGAGGAGGCGAGCGCGGACGACCUCUUCGAGCAGCCGUUACAUCCCUACACCCUCGGCCUCAUGGGCUCGAUCCCGAAGCUCUCGACGAUCGAGGGGGCGGCCGACGCGCGGACCGUGCUGGAGGUGCGCGACCUCAAGAAGCACUUUCCGGUGUACGGCGGGCUGCUCCGCCGGCGGGUGGGGUCGGUGUUCGCGGUCGACGGGAUCUCCUUCGAGAUCCGCGCGGGGGAGACCCUCGGGCUCGUGGGCGAGAGCGGAUCGGGCAAGUCCACCGCCGGCAAGUCCAUCCUGCGCCUCAUCGACCCGACCGCCGGGCAGGUGGUGCUCGACGGGGACGACGUGACCCGUGCGCCCGCGCGCCGGCUGCGGGCCCUCCGCCGGCAGAUGCAGAUGGUGUUCCAGGACCCGUACGCAUCGCUCAACCCGCGGCUCUCGGCCGCGACCAUCGUCGCCGAGCCGCUCCGCAACUACGGGGGAGUGCCGAAGAACGAGAUCCGGGACCGGGUCAUCGCGCUCUUCGAGCGGGUCGGCCUCACCGGCGAGUCGAUGGUGAAGUAUCCCCACGAGUUCUCGGGCGGCCAGCGCCAGCGCCUCGGGGUGGCGCGGGCGCUCGCCCUCGAGCCCGCCCUCAUCGUGGCCGACGAGCCGGUGUCGGCCCUCGACGUGUCGGUCCAGGCGCAGGUCCUGAACCUGCUGAUUGAUCUCCAGCAGGACGCGAACCUCGCCUUCCUCUUCAUCAGCCACGACCUCGCGGUGGUCGAGCACAUCAGCCACCGGGUCGCGGUCAUGUACCUCGGCAAGAUCGUGGAGCUGACGGACCGGCGGACGCUCUUCGAGGAGCCGUUGCAUCCGUACACCCAGGCCCUGCUCUCCGCCGCACCCGUGCCCGAUCCGCGCUCGCGGCGCCGGCGGAUCAUCCUGCAAGGCGACAUCCCGAGCCCCAUCAACCCGCCGAGCGGUGCGUUCCACACGCGGUGCCCGGUGGUGGAGCCGCGGUGCAGGACGGAAGUCCCCGUGAUGAAGACCGUCGCCGCCGGCCACGACGUGGCCUGCCACCUGCACCAGUAG